CGCCUACCACCAUGUUCAUCUGCACCCCUUGCGACUGCUCUCCUGCACUGAAGCCGAGGCUGGCGGGAGGGUCCUGGGCCCUGACGCGGCCCUGGCACGAUGCCAGCUCCCAGCUCCUCCCACAGAGUGGGCCCUUGUCUCUGUCCCAUUCACUGGGUCAGAGAGGCAGGCGCUCCCUCCUGCAGCCGCCCCACAGCCAGCUCUGCGGCCUCCCCGAAGUGCCCGAGCAUGGGGGUGCCGGCGCGGACCGUGCUCUUCCAGAGAGAGAGGACCGGCCUGACGUACCGUGUGCCCGCGCUGCUGUCCGUGCCCCCCGGGCCCAUCCUGCUGGCCUUCGCGGAGCAGCGGCUCAGCCCCGACGACGCGCACGCCCACCGCCUGGUGCAGAGGACUGGCCGGCUGGCCGGGGGCUCCGUGCGGUGGGACGCCGCGCGCGUGCUGGGGACGGCGGCCCUGGAGGAGCACCGCUCCAUGAACCCGUGCCCGGUGCAUGACGCGCGCACGGCCACUGUCUUCCUUUUCUUCAUCGCCGUGCGCGGCCGCACCUCCGAGGCCGCGCAGAUCGCCGCGGGCACCAACGCCGCGCGCCUCUGCUGCGUGACCAGCCGGGACGCGGGGCGCAGCUGGGGCGGCGCGCGGGACCUCACGGCGGAGGCGGUGGGCGGCGCCGAGCAGGACUGGGCCACCUUCGCUGUUGGCCCGGGACAUGGCAUCCAGCUGCGCUCAGGCCGCCUGCUGGUGCCGGCCUACACCUACCGUGUGGACCGGCGAGAGUGCUUUGGCAAGAUCUGCAGGACCAGCCCCCACUCCUUUGCCUUCUACAGCGAUGACCAUGGCCGCACCUGGCACCACGGAGGCGUCGUGCCCAACCUGCGCUCGGGCGAGUGCCAGUUGGCUGUGGUAGACGGGGAGCAGGCCAGCGGCAUCCUCUACUGUAAUGCCCGGAGCCCCCUGGGCAGCCGUGUGCAGGCGCUCAGUACAGAUGAGGGCACCUCCUUCCUGCCCGGGGAGCUGGUGCCCACCCUGGCUGAGACCGCCCGGGGCUGCCAGGGCAGCAUUGUGGGCUUCCCGGCCCCGCCCUUUAGCCAGCCCUGGGAUGAGGGAUGGUCAGUGGGUGCCAGGAACCCCCCCCACCCUCCACGCCUCAGUCCUGGAGUCCAGGAACUCCUAGAGGAGGGCGCUGGAGACACCCCAGGGGGCGAGGGACUGGGUGGGACAGAGGGAUGUGGGGACAGCCCUGGGGAGCCUGGCCCAGGGCCUGGGCUCAGUGGGAACAGGGGGGCCUUGAAGCUCCCUGGGCCCCCUGCCACUUUGUCUCAGAGCCCCACAUGGCUGCUGUACUCCCACCCGGUGGGGCGCAGGGCUCGGCUCCAUAUGGGCAUCCGCCUGAGCCGGUCCCCCCUGGACCCCCACAGCUGGACGGAGCCUUGGGUGAUCUAUGAGGGCCCCAGUGGCUACUCUGACCUGGCGUCCAUUGGGCCCACCCCCCAGGGAGCCCCGGCCUUCGCCUGUCUGUAUGAAAGUGGGGCCAGGGUCUCCUAUGAGGAGAUCUCCUUCUGCAUGUUCUCCCUGCCCGAGGUCCUGGAGAACGUGCUGGCCAUCCCCGAGCCGCCCAGCCCUGGGGGCAAACCUCGGGGGUACUGCCGGCCCUCCUGAAGGGCCCUCGGGCAGGCCUAGGCCGCGGGCGCUGUCAGGGGCCGGGGAGGUGGGGGCGGUGGAGGGGGAUGUAGCAUGAUCCCCGGCCUGAACAGAGCUCUGGGGCACUGGCUUCGAGAGGCGCCUUUGCUCUUUGGCUGCUCCCUGAAGAGUCGUGGGGACGACAGUGAGUCUUUGUGAAGGACCCUGUCGAAUUAGACAAAAGUUCGGUUCUAAUAGUUUCAAACAAGCCGGGCUGGCGCAGCCGAAGUCUGAGGGAGGUGGACUCUGAGCCCCGUGGGGGCAGGAGGUGGGCCGUGGAGGUGCAGCUGAGCCGGGUGACAUAGGCAGCUCUCCUUGUGGGGCACCAGGACCCCCAGAUUAGCAUGAGGUGCUUCAUCUUCCGUAGUGUUUUUCUCUUUAAUCUUGCUCGGCGGACCGCUUUCUGGCUUAUGAAUGAGAAAUCAGGGGGUGGUGCAUUUAUGUCCAGGGAUGUUUCUCUUAAGUUCUUUCCAUGUUGAAGCCCGGGAGAGGGUACUCGGUGCCCUAGCCCACUGCUCUGACCAUCCCCGCCCCCCCCCCCCCAGUUUCAUUGUGGGGUCUGCCCCCCCCCUUAGCCACACUCCCCAGUGGCUGGGGGCAGAAUAAGGACAGGGGCAGCGGAUCCCCUCUCUCUGGCAGCCCCCGGAUCCGUGUGGGCUGUGCUGAUGGCUGCCCUGCCCGCUCUGCGCCUCCGGCAGGUGUCAAAGCGGCUGCCCCUCCCCCACUGGGCAGAGCUGGAGUCGCCUCCCAUGACCAGCCCACACGGAAGCAUCUUUUUAUUUCUUCUCCUUUUUAAAGUCUUCAUUUCUGGUUAUAAAAAUAAGAUAUACUCCUUGUAGAAAAUUUGGGAAAUGUAGGAAACUAAAGAAAAAAUAAAAAUCUCCCCACCACAGCUACAAUUAUCCUUUUGAUGUUUUUCUCUGGCGUCUUUUUCUUCUUUUCUUCUUUUAAAAAGAUACAAGUGCAUUUCAGCACAAGCGAGUUCUUUGUCACCCUCCCGGUCAGCUCUGCUUAGUGGCUCCCGAGCGUGCCGUGAUGUAGUUUCUUCACCAGACCCCUGCUGGGUGACCUUCUGGUGCUGGUCAGUCUUCCCAGUUAUGAGUCAUGCUUGAUGAGCAUCUUUGGGGUGUCCCUGGGUGACCCCGGUUUCAGUCACCUCCUUAGGCUGGAUUCGGGAGAGCAUGACCGCCUUACACUGCCUUCCCAAAGGGUGGGGGCGUCCAGGAGGCCUCUGAGCUACCGAGGAUCCACAGCUCCCCAGGGAACUCAGGCUGGCCAGUCCCCAAGGGAGCAGGGAAGAACUGUGGGUGCUCCCCUUCAUUCUCAGCUGCCCUCUGCAGGGCUCGCAGCCUUUUGCGGGUUACUGCUGGGUUCCAGGCAGUGGUGGGAUGGGGAGCCAGAUCUGGGGUCCCUCAGAGCCUUGGGUGUGCCUGUGUUCACCCAGGGACCACCCACCUCGCGGUGGCCUCCGCCCCCGCCAGGACAGCCCCUACCUGGGGCCUUGGGGCAAUAGCUCGGGCCGCUUUUCAGUUUUCAAAUCUAACAGAGAAACCAGCAGAGAUGGGUGGGGGAGCUUUCCAGAGGUACAGAAGGCAGAGGUGUGUGCAGCCGGCGUCCCCUCGCUCACUCCUGCGCUGCGUGAGCGAUGUCCCCCAAAUUCACCCCCACCCAGAGCCUGAUUGUGACUUAUUUGGAAAUAGGUCUUUGCAGAUGUAAUUAAGAUAAGGGUUGAGGUGAGAUCAUCCUGAAUGUGGGUGGGUCCUAAGUCCAAUGAGAGAGUCCUUAUAAGAGACAGAAAAGGCCCUGUGGGGACGGAGGCAGGGACUGGAGUGAUGCGGCCACAGCCAAGGGACACCUGGAGCCCCUGAAGCUGAAGAGGCGGGAAGGACCCUCCCCUGGAGCUCGGGAGGGAGUGUGGCCCUAUGACAUGGUGAUGUCCGACUUCCGGCCUCCAGAACUGGGAGAGAAUUAACCCCUGGUGUUCAAGCCGCCCGGUUUGUGGACUUUGGGAACUGAUACACCCUGCUCCACUCGCCAUCUGUCCGUCUAUCUGUUGGGCCACCCACAAGCACCUCAAGGCAGCUCCUGGAUGUUGUCCCUGAGCAAAACCGCUGCUUUCCCACCUGAGGGAGGGUGGGCUCUGUCCCCAAGGCGCAUUGUCCCCAGGGGGGUUCCUGGCUGUCAUUGCCUGGAAGUGUGGCAUGGCCAGAAGGGAUAGGCCUGGUGUCAGAUGGACGUGGGCUCAAGUCCUGGCCCACUGUACUGGCUGGCACAGCAGGGACAUUGCCAGCCUCCUGCUCCCAAGCAACAUCUCUGGGUGGGCUCCUCCUUGCCCCCCUGCUCCCUGCUGGCUGGAGAGGGUCCCUGGACAUCCCUCAGCUGAGCACCCCCUGCAGGGCAGGCUUGGGGUCAGGUCUACGGAGUGUCCAGAGCUGGCCCUCCUCAGGUAGGCCCAUGCCAGUGGCAUGGACUCUUUGGGGAGAGGUCCGGGGCCCCCCUGACUCCUUGUGGUCUCAGGCAGCUGCUGAGGGCCCCAGGCAGGGUCUCCCCUGGUAUGACCCCUGCAGGCAGGGAAGGAGGGAGUAAGAGUUCCUGGGCUCAGGGCAGCUUGGGUCCCCUCCUGGAACCCUCCUCCCCCACCCCCACUUGCACCUGCUCUGGUUGGUCCUCGAGGGGCUCAGACAUCUGGUGCUUGCAGGAGUUGGGGUCAGCCGUGCCUGGGACACCCUGCCCCAACUCUCUGGGCCUGGACCCAGCUGCGGGCUUUCAGAGGUCAACUUUGCUGGGGCCUCUGCCCGUGGCUUCCCUGGUCCUGGGAGACCUUGGGCAGUGCCCAGGCUCUGGGGUCACAGAUCCUCAUGGUGUGCCCUAGCCUCCCCCCUACAGGAGCUGCUCCUCUGACACCAGACACCCCAGCUCCCCUCCUCCAGCCGCUGCCUCACCCCCGGGCUGCUCUGAGCCCCGUGUGGCCCCUCUGAGGUGGCCCUACCCUCUCCCAGCCUCUUCCUUCCUUCCUCCACUUGGAACUUGAUGGGCCAGAUCAGCCCUGGACGGUUCCCUGGGCCCUGCCACACUCCCGCGGGCUGUCCCCAGGCAGGAUCAGGCUGCGCUCGGGCCAGAGCACCGAGCCAGCACUGGGAGUUGUAGCAUCCUGAUUCCUCUUCCUGUCUUCCUGGAACGUGAGUCCCCAAACUCUGCCUCCUCACUGUAUGCUUCUUGCUCUCUUCUGUGCAUCUUCCAGCAUCCUCUCUGUCUGUGCUUCAUUCUGGUUGGUUUCUCUUGACUUUUCUUCCAAUCUGCUGAUUUUCUCUUUCUUGUGUUUAGUUGGCUGGGAGUUAUUCUCUCCCCCCAUUCUCUGCCUCUGUCUCUGUGUCUCUAUCUGUUUUAAUUUUCUGCUCCAUUUUUGUGUGUGUGUGCAAACAUUUAUAGGUUUCCCGAGUGCUACACGCUUUCUAUGUUUUAUUCCUUUAAUAGAGUCCCAGCCCCCGGGAGGUGGAUAUUAUUUCCAUUUUCCAGUUGUGGAAAUUGAGGCUCAGCGACUUCCCGAUGGUCUCACCGUUUGGGUCUCAAGAAACCAGCUUGUGAUCUGUUUGAUGUUCCCACAUCCAUUCUCGUAAAUGUUCCCCUCCGUGUGGUUAAAUAAUCACCAUGGACACAAACAUGUCUGUAACUCGUGAAGCCUGAGGCUCACCCAUCCGUUCUGCUCCCUUGAGGUGAGAACAUCCCGCAUCUUUGCUGAUGCUCGCAGAAGCAGAAUAUGGGCGGAGAUACAUAUGGAUACAGCUCCCUUUUACCAAAGUAAAGCGGCUGCAUUGUCAUGAUUCCACAGCUGGCUGUCCCAUGUGAGAGGGGGCUUGGCCAGGCCCUGUCGCCCUUCAGACAGGGCUCAUCCCCCCAGUGCUGUCUGCUAAUGACCCUUGGCUGCUUCCCUCCAUCCCUCAGGCCUUGCUCCCAAGGCCUCCCGCCUGCAAACCUCUGUCCCGGGGUCUGUUUCCCAAGGAGCCCAACGAACAACAUGAGCGUCUUUCGAGACUCACGUCCUAACUCAUUCUUCCUGCGUGACUGCCUGAUGCAUCCUACAGCAUCGACGGACCCUGAUCAAUCCAACAGUUUCUUAUUGAGGGACAUUCAGGUCCGUGCUGGUCUUAGGAUUGUUACUAUGGCCACUGCGAACAGCCACAGUGUACAUCUUGGAGCAUUGUCCUUACAGACUGAGCUUUGAUUUCUGCAGGAUGGCUUCCCAAAAGUGGGGCGAUCGAGUGAUGAGCUCUGUAAUUUUUAUUUUAACGGAUCAUAACAGAUUAUUUUCUCAAAAGGAGUAGUAAUUCACAGCCUAUUAGUCACAUAUGGGAAGGCAAUUUUUUUUUUUGCAGCAUUCCACAUUAUCUACCUUUUUACUUUUUUCUAAUUUGGUGGGUGAAUGAUGGCCUGUUGAGCAUUUCCUGUAAGACUGUGAGCUUUUGAUUGCACUUGUCCUGGGUGUAGACUCACAGAGAAGGUGAGUGUGAGCUUCAUGGACCAACAGUGGGGCCUUAACCUUCCCCUUCAUGUCUGCUAAUUUCCUCCUCCUCUCCAGGAAACACAGUUCUGUUAGGUCUCACGCUAUGGCAACUUGCCAUACCGGGGGAGGCGGGGUCCUUAUCAGGUAGCAUUUGUAACAGAAAAGAAAAACCUAGGCUUUGGGUUGUGAGCAGCUCAGGACAGCACCAAGGACAACAUCGUCAAUAGAUGCAGAAUGAGGUGGGGUUGUUGUCUUCAUUAGUCUUCAGACUCUGAGCCAUUUAUCAAGAAUUGUUUGGAAGAUGGGAGGGAGGGAGGGAGGACUGCCCACACAGAGCAGGUCCUAUGGGAGGCUGGCAGGAGCUCUUCCGGGAUGCCCGCAUUAAACAGAGAGGUUCAACCGACACGUAUGAAGACGGAGAAUGAACGUGAGAUGUGCAGUCAGAGUCCGAGGCUCCAACCUCAGCGUCGAAGCUAUGUGGCCACGGAACUCCUUAGAGCCCCUUCCCCUCAUCCAGGUUGGUGGGCUGGAGCCAAGUGAUGCUUUUACAGCAAGAUGGUUUGCAUGGCUGUGCUGGGACCCCACAGCGCUCCUCGGUAGAGCCGAGGGUGGCAGCCACACCGGGGUGUGGGGAGUUUGGGCACCGGGAUGCCUGAGGUCACCUAUGAACUCCAAGCAGAAAAAAUAAAAGGAAAACCACAUCUUAGUAAGACCAAUGGAACCAAAGAUAGGGAGGAAUCUUAAAAUUGGUCGGAGCAAUGGAUGACCUUGAAAGAAGCAAUAUUUAGGUUAAAGUUGACUUCAAGACCAAAACGAUGGAAACCAGACAAUGGAACGAUUUCUUCAAGAUGCACUGAAGCAUAUCCUUCAAGAAUGAAGGUAAAAUAAUGACAUUUUCAAAUAAAUAAAAAUGACCUAAUUUGUCACCAGCAGACUCACGCUCAAGGAAAUAUGAAAGGACACUAAGUGGAAAGAAGGUGGUUGUGGGUGGAGCGUCAGGUGGACACUGGCAGGAAUAAAGGGGGUCAAUCUGAGUGAAGGUUUGCUGCACAAAACCCCAAAUCUCGUGGGGUCUCAGCCACACAAGCACUUGAAACACGUCAAAUGAAAGCACCGGAGUGGGGAGGGAGGUAAUGGGACGACAGUCUUCUGAGGUCCCCGUGUUGUCUGAGAAAAGGUAAAAGUACCAGUUUAUACCAGCCAAGGGGACACGUGUCAUCUCCAGUGUGUGCGCUAGAAGAAUACAGAAUUGUACAGACUGGUAGAGAGGACAGACAGAAAAAUAGAAAAUGAUCAAUUCCAAAAAGGCAAGAAAGGAGAGAAAAUAUACGUAGAAUUCGUAAGAUAAAUGGAAAGUAAAUAUUAAGGCAGAUGAUUUAAACCCCAACACGUUGGAAUUGCGUUAAUGUAAGUUGACAAAUGUUUCAGUUAAGAGACAAAAAUGGCCAUGUUGGCAAAAACCAAACCAAACCAAAACAACAACAAACCCCGUCAAAACCCAACUAUAUUCCACUGACGCUGUAGUGUAUGAGACGUAGUCACACCGAAGCUUGAGAGUUAAGGAGAGGGACGAUUGACUGUGAUGAAAUAUACUCGUAGGAAGCUGGGGGAGCUUUCUUUCUGUCAGGCAGAGAUCUUCAGGAGAAAACACCACAGGGAAUAAAGGGAGACAUUGAUUCAACAGAAAAUUCUAAAAAUUUUAAAUUUGUGUCUAAUAUUAUGCCUCAAAAUAUGAGACAACAAUGGACAGAUCUAUGGGGGGAAACAGAUCCUCCACAAUUGUAGGAGAAAGUUUUAGACGCAACUCUCCCAGCAACUGAUGGAGCUGGCAGACAAAAACCAAAUCAGCUGGGACCCCCAAGAUCUGGCCAACGUGCCGGACAAGCUUGACCAUAUUGGCACAUGAAGCACACCGCCCAAAACAAUGCGGAAUGUACAGUCCUUUCACAUGCACUCAGACAUAAACAUCAACAUUAUGUUGGGUCAUAAAGUCAAGCCUCACAGACCUCAAAGGAUUGAAAAUUGUGGUGAAAUUGAGCUAGAAACAAAAACAGAAGAUAAUCAAAAAACUUCAUAUGUUUGAAAAUUGAGAAACAGAAUUCCGGAUAACUCAUGCUUCAAAGAAGAAUCCACAGUGGAAAUUAGGAAGGAUUUUGAAAUUAAUUAUACGAACACUACGUAAAACUAGCGGGAUGAAGCUAAAGCUGGGAUGCCGGGAGCCGUGGCUACAUCAUUUGAUUGGCUGUUUGACAGGGUCCAGCCGAUUAACGCCGAG